AUGCAGGUAGGUAUUUGUAACCGAGAAAAAACUGAUAACCAUUUUCAAAUUCAUGUUAUUCAAGUACCGAUAAUUCUGUUUUAAUAUUUAUUUUGUAGUAGAAAAGCAAAUAACUUCAAUAAAUGUCAUUUUUUGUCAUCCUGUGCACAGUUUAGAGUAAAUAGUAGUAAGUGUCCACUAUUAAGCCGGUUAAAUACUUAUUAACUGACGUAAUCGUGCAUGACAACAUCUGGUACAUAACGAUGCGAUUCCGUCGGCGUCUAAUGAAAUUAAAUUUCCCCCGCCAUAAGGUUUACAAUCUGUGAUUUAAUAUAUUAGAUAGACUACUAAGUGCCGUGCAACUUCCGAUAGCGAUGCUAGCGAUCGGAUAUUGAUGAUUUAGCAGGGUACUUAGUAGUAUCAGGCUUAGGAGCGGUUGGUUGUGUCGAGUCCAUGGUCGGUAGUAACGAUGAACGACCCGUGGGAUGUGAAGUCUGUUCUCCAGGCGGGUCAGUACGUCUCCUGUAUGAAACUCAAUGGGGUACCACUCCUUCCGCCAGUUACUCAUUCAAGCAUUUAAAAAUAGCAUGUGCCGAUUAACAUAUAUCAUUCAAGAAAUAAUUAGAAAAGUACUAUUGGAGUUAUUUGCAAAAAUGAAAAAAAUACUGUUUUUAAUUCGCAUAGAGCUAUCCAAAGAGUGUCGUAAGGAAAUGCAAUAUUACAAGCUUUUAGCAAAAGAAGUAGAGAAACGUAUAUCCCUGCUCCAGCCAUAUAUUUUAGAAUCUGAUUCUGAUAACGAAGACAAAACCGAUGCUCCUGAACUGCCUGAAUCUGAACAAGGCUAUGAUUUACCUCAAGAAAGCAUACAAGCUGGAUUCAGCUUUCAAACAGACUUAUUAACUUCACUUAAUUCUAUCAAAAAUGAAGAGAACCCUAUUGUGGUGUCCCCAAGAAGCCCAAUAAUCGAUAUUAGUAAUAAUUUUACUUCCAAUGUGCUCGUAGAAUCAGUGGAUUCCCGCAGGUCGCCUUCUCCUCAGUUUAUAAUAGAUCUGAGUCUUAGUAUUAAUGAAACUGGAACUGGUAAAAAUUUACUUGAAACAGUUAAAAUUGCUCCUCGCUCGCCUCCUAUAAUAGAUCUUCCUGAACGAGAUUAUAAUUGCACUAGAAGAAUUAUGCAAAAAGUGAUAACGGAAAAAGAAGUUAUAACAGAAGUUGAAACACAAAGAAAUACAAAACAAAAGGAAAUGAUUCACGAAGUUACUGAUUUUCAUUUCAGUCGCAAUAAAAAUAAUUUAUCUGACAACUAUGCUAACAUACACUUAGCGCAAGAUGGACCAUCUUCUCUUAGUUCCAAAAGCUUUACAGGAUCACUGAAUGACUUGCACAGUGAAAGUGUGAAGGACUUGCGUAGUGGAAAGUUGAUUCGCCAACGAUCAUACACAUUGCUAAAACCCAGCCCGCAACUUCUCGCACAUCUAGAAGUGCAGUCCAUCAAUACCGGCAUUGAUAUGACCCACAUAUCUAUGAGCGAAUCCUACUCCAACUUAAGUAGUCCCGGGAAGAAGCGUAGAAGUUGGGACCUAGAGUCUGCUAAAGUGAAGUGGUCAUCCAUGGCCUUAGAACUGAAGCAGACAAAUGUCGCCCCUAAUGUUAGUAGGAAUGCGUCCAACAAGAGUUUUGUCAAAGCUCCUGCUAAGAAGCCGUUACAUGGUUCACCGCCGAGGACUAGAUCCAUGGCUCCUGAAAAGAGCCGGCGGAAUAUUUCAGCGCCCAAACCAACGGUUAAAUCUGAUCCUAUACCAAAGUCGGAUGCCAUCCUCAGGCAAGAACAUACGUUUAGAUCUGAGCCGGCAUCGAGAACGGAACCAAUGUUAAAAGGUGAGGCUUUGCGGAAACAUGAAGGCUUUCCAAAAUCUGAUCCGAUAACGAGACCUGAUCAUUUGUCAAAAACGAGAAACUCUAUAAGUCCUAUCAGAAACACAAGUCACCGUACGUAUGUAAAAGAUACCCCUAAAACAAUCGUAAAAAAAUCUGAGCACUCGCCACAAAAACUUUCGCCUUCUUCAAAAUCUGAUUCCGAGGACCCGGCUACACGCGUCCGAGAACUUUACGAAAAGAUACAAAACCAGCAAUUGUUACAAAUGGCGACAUUAGUAGAGAAGCAGAAGAGAGAACAAUUACUGCUUCAGCAGGUGUUUGAAGAGCAGAACAACUUACUCUUCAAACAGUUAAAGACUAUUUGUCCCAAAUCUCCCAUCGAAGUGAAGGAAGCCUGGGGUGAGAAACACCCUGAGGGCAACAGAGGUCCAGUCAGUUUGAGCCAGCUGAUCAACUAUAAAUCACCCGAACAAAGCAGCUUAAGUAGCCCUGUGUCCGCCACCUUGACUGAUACUAAUAAAUACUUAAAUCAUUGCAAUAACGUGUUAAAGAAAAGCAGGGAUAUAACUAACGGUAUUAAAAAACCACCUGUGAAGUCUCGUAGUCAGAAUGGAACUAAGAUCGUGUCACCGAGGACACAACCCGAAGUGUCCAAAACUCGAACCAACUCUCCGACCUUUACUCAGAAGAACGUGGCUGCGUCGGCCGCGUCGCGCAAGCUGAACUACGAUACGAGCGCAUGCAGCGAUCGCGAUUACGAGCCGAUCCUAACCGAUCGAACGAACGACACGCUGGCGGAUUUGAACGUAACAUUUCCGUCUGACAAUAGUGAUGAGUGCCCUGCCUUCAGUCACCGUAAUAAUAACAGCAUAGCGAGCAACUUCUCUAGUAAGGAAAUAAAAACUCUUCAUGGAAGUGUACGUUCCAGUGCUGCGAUGCAAUCCGAGUCCACUGAUAAUGCUAUCAGAAAUAUGGAGAGAACUAUACAUAAUUCGAUAAAGAGCACGAACGCGCGGUUGUCGAAGGCGACUGCCACCGUCGCACCAACGCCAGAGGAGCAAGCGGCGGCUACCAAAAUAGUGGCUCACGCCAAGGGUUACCUGGUCCGUCGCCUGAUGAAGACGGACCGGGUACAGGCGACAGUGCAGACUAUCAAGGACGCGCUGCUGUGCGCGCUGCAGCUGCACCAGGACCGCGAGGGCAUCCGGGGCGCGGACGUCGACCUGCACCGCCGGCUCAUCCAGCAGAUAACCGCAGCAUGUUACUCACUGCACGACACGUUUAUAGCGAGUACGGCAUCGGAACGAUGUGGAAUGAUUGCGGCUGACAGAGGCCGCCGGCGCUCGCUUGCCGCCAGGCAAGGGAACAACUCUUUCAGACAAACGGACGUAAUGUCGCAAAGUCACACCGGCGCGUUUCCUGCGCGCGCGUCGCGACCUGCCUCGACCUCGCAGAUGACGCAGUCGAACUAUGAGACGUUUAGCGGCGACAAGCGCUGGGGCUCGGCGGUGUCGGCGGCGGCCCGCGCGCGCCGCCCGUGGCGCUGACCCCGCGCCGCGCCCGCCGCCGGCUGCUUGCCGCGCUUCUUCGCCCACUGUUGGGCGCAACGUCACGACGUCCCUCUGUAAAUGUCCACUCUCCAUAACGCACUGCAAUAAAUUAUCGUCUAGCCUACUGCUAGGUAUCGCGGUGGUAGGGCGAAGAUUAUAGGUAACACUGCCGUUUAUCAGUGUAGGGCAGUAAUAAAUUUUUAAGUACAACUAAUUCCUAUAAUCUGAAAUUCCCAGUAUUGUUUUAUUACGCCCACCUCGGGCAAAGAGCGUGAUGUCUUAAAGCUAUUGUUUUAGUUCUAUUACUUCGUUGAACCUUUGUCCACUGAUGGGCACAAAUUUUAAUGUAUAUAAAAAAUGUAUCCAGCUGCCUCGAAAUUGUUUAGUAAUGUAUUUAUUGAAAUUUAAACUUUAUCUUUGUGCGGUGAAGAUUUAUAAUUAUUUAACAACUUCAAUUUUAUUGUAUUGAUAAUUCGACAGGCAUUUGUUUCAACUAUGCUGCAUCCUGCUUUUCGAACUACAAAAUAUUACUUGUUCGUACCGCCUUGUUUAUGCUCUCUUUUAUAACCUACAUAAUGCUAUAGCUAGAAGUACAUGAAUAAGUUUGCAUUUGGAAAUGAUUGCUUUAGUAGAACUUUCUGAAGUCUAAAAUGCAUGAAUCCGUAAGUUCAAAUUUAAUUUGUUACAAAAUUAUUUAUUUCAGUUUUUAAGUGAUAAAUUAUGGUUGUAUUAUUGUUAUGUAUAACGCUUCCAAAGCAAGGUGCUUAGUAUUCGCACCUAGAUUAUUUAGAUUUUACGAAAAUUUUGCUAAAGACACCCUUUAUUUUAAAAGACAUUUUACCGCUUUAAGAAAUUAAUAUUCAUUAUUUAUUAUCUCAAUAUAUCUAAGAUAAUAUUUUUAAGGUAUCUUUAUAAAAUGUCGUGAAUGUUUGAUAUUUGUAACAACUAUGAAAAGUUCUUCGUUUGUUCUUUGAAGUGUUGGAUCUCAACCUUACGUCAUGCUGCUAUAGGUUCAGCCUUUAACGUUUAGUUUAAACCUAGCUUAUACGACGUAACUCGUACAUCACACGUUGUUAUGAUUCAGAGAAUCGAACAGGCAUUGAGAUCUAGUAGUCUGCCUACUUGCAACUAUUCAUUAUAAUAUCUCAUCUGUAAGAAUAAACGAAUGAUAAUUCAUAAGCAAUAUUUUACUUAGAGUUAAAACCUAAGCGGCCUUUUAUUCACGGCGGUAAAUUCAAACUUAUUUAAUUUUAUAUUCUUUAGGUUAUAAGAAAUUGUGAACAGUGUUCUAUAAAUGCUAAUGUAACAUCAGCCUGCACUGUAGUCAAAAUAACACUCAUUUGCAUAAGUAUUACGACUACGAACUAGAAAUUUUGCAAUAUCAAAUAAUUCAACCCCGUUUUCAGAAAAUAAUGUAUUUAACUCGUUUGAAGUAUGCAUGACAGGACAGUAGGUGACUUGAAAGUACAAUUGGUUCCAUCUAGUUAUUUAUUUCGUUCUCAUUUUUAGCCAAAUUGUGAGGCUCCAAUAAAUGCAAUAUUUGAUUCAUGACCGCUAAUGUAAAUGAGUACUCACUAAUAGUUUUAGAUAAAUAUAAAAUUUUGUAUCUUGUCAAAUGAAUAUUUUGAUAUUUCAUUAUAGAUAAGUAAUUGCAUGUUACACUUAUUUUGGCAUACCGAUUUAACAAUGAAUAAAGUACAUAUUUUUACGCAAUCUCUAUUUGACAAUAAAAACUAACAUUCAGACAAUAUAUCUUCGAAUGCAUGUUUUACGAUGUUUAUUAUAAUAUAGUUAACGCACGUCCAAUGAAUGGUUAUCCGAUAUAUUUUCAGGAUAGUGUCUGUUUGUUCCGUAUGUCACCAUACCUUUGAAUUAUAACGGAUCACUUGCGUCUUGUGUAAAACGGUUUAUCUUGUAAGGUUGUGCUAGUUUUCCGCACCUCUAGUCACUAAUAUCACACUUUAUUUAAUACUUGUUUAUCUCACUCCAUAAUGUGCAUACUACACACAGCAUGUAUGUCUACCCUUCUGGAUAUUUUAUUGGAAGUCUUCCUAUCUAAUGUAUAUGCCAAAUUAUUUACUGAAGCUUGCGAAUUGUAUUGAACGCUUUCUUAUAUGCUAAGACAAGUGUUGUGUGUAAGUAGCCUCCAGUUCAUAUUGUACCAAAUAGAAUUGAGUUCACUAUGCUUACCCAUGUAAGUUAUCGGUGUUUCAGAUGAUAUUCUGUAUUUUUCCAAAGAUGUUUCCCGUCGGACUAGUGAGAUUAACUGUAUUUUCGUGCAUACAUUUUUACGCAAUAAACAUUCAAAAACA